AUGGUGCGUUCAUCUGGGCUUUGCGGCUUCAGUGUUGUUGCUACGGACUUUGGCGCGAGCCGUGCUGUGGCCGCCGGCGGAAACUCCAGCUAUCGCACCUUCGAUUUGGCGGAGGCCACUGAGGCGGACGAUGAAAAGCCAUGGCUCGCGAAGCAGGUUUGUCUGUUUGCGCGCUUGGGCCCCGAGUUUGCACACUGGGAGGCCGGCCGCUAUGUGGUUUGCUAUUGCGCUGACUACAGCGCUGCUGCCGGAGCGCACGCGGAUGCGGCGACCUUCUGUACCCAGGAUGCGGAGUUUUCCCAUGCUGCCGGCACUGUGGCUGUGCGAGGUCCCAUGGGUGGCGAGGACCAGGUCUGCACGGCGGGAGUUCCCUGUGUCCUCGGUACCUUCCAUGGUCAGGGCCUGGCCGUUGGCAACCGCAUUGCUUUCGUCCUCCGGCAGAUCUAUGGUUCUGCUGGCCUCGUGGAGGUCGCCAUGGACAGCCGGGGCAACUGCCAGACGCAGGGGAGGGAUGAUGAACAAGGUAAUGGGGCGAGUUACACGGGGGCGACGCUCGACAGCCGCAGCCUGGCGGCCUACACGGUGGCACAGGGGUAUGUGAACGUGACAGCCGGCAUGGUCGUCCUCUUGUCCAAGUCAGACCUCCCUCGGGGCGGCCAGUGGCAUGCACUCAUUGAGAAGCACCUGCGUUCUUGUGCCCUUGCGCUAUUUUCCUAG